AUGUCGUAUAACCCAAACUAUCCAGCUAGACCUGGGCCUGGAGGUCCACCACAAAGAGUCCCAGUUCCGCAUCGAGGGGCAGCACCACCCAGAGAGUUUCAGCUCACUAAAAGCCCGAACGAUGAAUUUAUCGUUACUAAUUUUGUCGCUGUUUCGCCCCAGGACUUCCACGCUGAGCAAUACGUUAUCUGCAACGAGAAAUUUGUGGUUUCUGUAAAACCCAACAACCAGAUUGCACCAGGCUACGCAGGGUUCUCCUCUGUACAUAGAGACUGGGCACAAUGGAGCUUGACGGAAAAGAUCCGUAUGGCGCCUUAUGAUCCGUUUUCUCAGCAAGGUGCUGCAUAUUUAGGGAGCUUGGAUCUGGAGCUAGGCUUUGCAUCAAGGAAGAUCAGUGAUGAGCAAUAUGAUCAAGAUGAUUUGACGAAGCAGUUUUUACGGACCUUCCAAAACCAAGUUUUUGCUCCAGGCCAGCGUCUCGUUAUGGACGUCCGCAAUAUCAAGCUUAUAGUAGUCGUCAAAACUGUGCAAGUCAUUAGCCUAGGCGAUAAAAAGGGAGCUCUGCCCCCAGAUGCGCCCACAAGUAGCAACCCAUCGGAUCGCGGUAUUCUCACACCGCAUACUUUUAUAACCUUCUAUAAAGAUGCAAAGUCUCCGAUUAAGAUCAAAGGCUCUAACAAGCGCCCUUCUGCCAAUGCUAUUAUCCAACCUAACUUCAAGUUUGAGGACAUGGGAAUUGGUGGUCUUGAUACAGAGUUCUCACAAAUUUUCCGUCGUGCAUUCGCGUCUAGGAUCUUUCCUCCAGGCCUAGUAGACAAGCUUGGUAUCCAGCACGUUAAGGGAAUAAUCUUGUAUGGGCCACCCGGAACGGGGAAGACACUUAUUGCCAGGCAGAUUGGAAAAAUGUUGAAUGCGAGGGAACCAAAGGUUGUGAAUGGUCCUGAAAUCCUAAACAAGUUUGUUGGUCAAUCGGAGGAGAAUAUCAGAAAACUUUUCGCCGAUGCAGAGAAGGAGUACAAAGAAAAGGCGGAAGAGAGCGGCUUGCACAUAAUCAUUUUUGAUGAAUUAGAUGCUAUCUGUAAACAGAGAGGAAGCAAGAAUGAUGGGACCGGUGUUGGUGAUUCAGUUGUCAAUCAGCUUCUUUCUAAGCUCGAUGGUGUCGACCAACUGAACAACAUUCUUGUUAUUGGUAUGACUAACCGUCUGGACAUGAUCGAUGAGGCUCUACUCCGUCCAGGCCGUCUCGAGGUUCAUAUGGAAAUUUCUCUACCCGAUGAGUUUGGUCGUCGUCAAAUAUUGAAAAUUCAUACAAACAAAAUGCGCAAAAAUAAUGUCAUCGACCCAGACGUAAACAUUGAUGAGCUAGCGGCAGUUACCAAGAACUUCUCAGGGGCUGAAAUUGGAGGUCUUAUUAAGAGCGCAUCAUCAUUUGCCUUCAAUCGUCAUGUCAAAGUUGGUACUGUUGCGGGGAUCUCUGAGGAUAUUGAGAACAUGAAAGUCAACCGCCAGGACUUUAUGAACGCGCUUGAAGAAGUCCGACCAGCUUUCGGUGUGAGCGAAGAGGAGCUCGAUGCAUGCAUUCAAGGUGGAAUCAUCCGUUACUCUCAAAAUAUCGAAAACAUACUUGCGGAGGGACGACUGUUUGUUGAGCAGGUCCGCAAAUCAGAAAAGACACCUCUUGUAUCAGUUCUCAUGCACGGCCCACCUGGCUCUGGAAAAACCGCACUCGCUGCCUCAAUUGCUAUGGCAUCCGGAUUUCCAUUCAUCAAGCUUAUUUCCCCCGAAGCGAUGGUUGGGUUCAACGAAGCCAGUAAAGUUUCAUUCCUAUCUAAGAUCUUCAUGGACGCCUAUAAAUCUUCCCUCAGUGUUGUGGUGGUCGAUAACAUCGAGCGUAUCCUCGACUGGGUUCCCAUUGGACCACGCUUUUCCAAUGCUGUCCUUCAAACGCUCAUGGUCCUCUUGCGUAAACAGCCACCCAAGGGCAGGCGACUCCUUAUCAUUGCCACCACCACUGAACGCUCUGUGUUAUCUCAGAUGGACUUAUUGACGUCGUUCGAUGCAGAAAUCGCGGUACCUAACGUUGCAGAUCACCGUGAGCUCACAUACAUUUUGCGGGAGUUGCAAUUCCCAGAAGAGGAGCAGAUGAAGACUGUGAGGGAGUUGGCGGAUGCUACUGGAAGGAGGGAUUUGAACGUGGGUAUCAAGAAGAUUCUCAUGGGUGUUGAGACAGCCAGGCAGGACGAUGAUAUAUCAGGGAGGUUUGCAAGUGUCAUGAUUAAGGCUGUAGGAGAGUCGAGCGUUAUGGGAGCCCCACCAGGCUCGUAUUAG